UCAGCCGGCGGCGAUGCCUGCCCAGGCCUCAGCCCCUACUGAGGCUCCACCCAUGGCCUCUCCAGAAGCACAGGAGACUGGAGAGACCCCGGCCAAGGAGAACCACGCGGCCACGGGGGCCGAGCAGACAAGGGCCCCCGCCUCGCCCCUCAGCAGGUCCUGGCUGGUGCGGCACUUCUCACUGCUGCUGCGCCGGGACCGGCAGGCCCAGAAGGCCGGGCAGCUCUUCUCGGGGCUCCUGGCCCUCAACAUGGUGUUCCUGGGCGGAGCCUUCAUCUGCAGCAUGAUCUUCAACAACGUGGCCAUCACGCUGGGGGAUGUGUGGAUCCUGCUGGCGACGCUGAAGGCCCUGGCCCUUCUUUGGCUUCUCUACUACACCGCCAGGACCACCCGCCGGCCGCAAGCCGUGCUCCACCGGGACCCGCACGCAGGACCCGCUUGGGUGCGCGGCUCCCUGGUGCUCUUUGGUAGCUGCGCCAUCUGCCUCAACGUCUUCCGCGUGGGCUACGGCAUGAGCCACAUCCGCUGUAAGUCACAGCUGGAGCUCAUCUUCCCGGCCGUCGAGAUCAUCUUCAUCGGCAUCCAGACCUGGGUGCUCUGGAAGCACUCUAAGGACUGCGUUCAGAUCCAGACCAACUUCACUAGGUGUGGCUUGAUGCUGACGCUGGCCACGAAUCUGCUGCUGUGGCUUCUGGCCGUCACCAACGACUCCAUGCACCAUGAGAUCGAGACCGAGCUCAGCGCCCUCAUGGAAAAGUUCUCAGGCAACAACACCAACACCUGUCUGUGCCUCAACGUCACCGCGUGUGAGGUCUUCCAGAAGGGCUACCUGAUGCUCUACCCCUUCAGCACCGAGUACUCCCUCAUCUGCUGUGGCAUGCUCUUCGUCAUGUGGAAGAACGUGGGCCGCCGCCUGACACCCCACACGGGCUCCCACCCCGGCACCCCGCCCUUCCACCUGCACGGGGCCAUCUUAGGGCCGGUGCUGGGCCUGCUGGUCCUGGUGGCAGGCACGUGCGUCUUCGUGCUCUUCCAGAUCCAAGCAAGUGGCCCUGCCAUCGCGCGCCAGUACUUCACCAUCUACUACGGCUUCCAUGCAGCCGCGCUGCCCACUAUGAGCCUGGCGUGCCUGGCGGGCAUGGCCAUCCAUGGGCUGGAGGAGCGAGAGCUAGACACGCUCAAGAACCCCACCCGCAGCCUGGACGUGGUGCUGCUGAUGGGCGCGGCGCUGGGCCAGAUGGGCAUCUCCUACUUCUCUAUCGUGGCCAUCGUGGCCACUCGCCCCCACGAGCUACUCAACCACCUCAUCCUGGCCUAUUCGCUGCUUCUCAUCCUGCAGCACAUAGCCCAGAACCUCUUCAUCAUCGAGGGCCUGCACCGGCGCCCACUCUGGGAGGCAGCUCCCGAGAGCCUGGCGGGGAAGUGGGAGGCCGAGCCUCCCCGCAGGGGCUCCCUGCUGGAGCUGGGCCAGGACCUGCGGCAGGCCUCGCUGGCCUACAUCCACUCCUACAGCCACCUCAACUGGAAGCGGCGGGCCCUCAAGGAGAUCUCACUCUUCCUCAUCCUCUGCAACAUCACACUGUGGAUGAUGCCUGCUUUCGGCAUACACCCCGAGUUCGAGAACGGGCUGGAAAAGGAUUUCUAUGGCUACCGGACAUGGUUCACCAUCGUCAACUUCGGCCUGCCUCUGGGCGUCUUCUACCGUAUGCACUCCGUCGGGGUGCUGGUGGAGGUCUACUUGGGGGCCUGA